UCUUGGUUGCCAGGGGUAACCGGUGUACACUUCUGCAGUUCGUGUUGUAUCUCUGAAUAGCCGCCUGUUCAGCUUCAGUAACUGAACCCGCCAGGUUACGUUUUUCUUAUUUAGUAGUGUCAUAUAAGACAACAUAAGGAGAAACUUUGAAGAUCAUUUUUUCCUUCAUUUGUUUUUUUUUUUGUCAAUGGCGUUUAAGUUAUAGGGGGACUUUUACAACGGUUACUCUGAAAACAAUGCCUGUGCCACAUAAAACAGGAACCGUGAAAUCCAAGCAGGGCUCAAGUCAAAUCCCACCCAAUACGGUCAAGCCACUCCCUGCAAAGCUUGCAAAACCUGCAGGGAAGAAGAAGGAUGACGAUGAUGGGACUGAGAUGGGUGAUGGGACGGAAGAGUGGAUGCAGGGGAAGACUCUUAUCAAACCACCUGACCAGCUGGAACUCACUGAAGCUGAGCUGAAAGAGGAGUUCACCAGGAUUUUGACAGCAAACAAUCCACAUGCUCCCCAGAAUAUUGUUCGCUACAGCUUCAAAGAACGUGCAUAUAAACCCAUCAGCAGUGUUGACCAGCUGGCUGUUCAUUUCUUACUGGAUGGUAAUAUGCUGCACAAGGACUCUGAUGAAGCCAGGCGACAAAGAGCCAAACAGGGUGUCCAGGAAGAAAUAACUACCAUUGAGUCUGCAACAGCAGAGGCUGAAGAAGAAAAGGCAGAAACUCCGGCUGGUGGGGAAGAGAUUGGAGAAUCAGAGGAAGGAGGCAGUGGGGAGCGUGCCGACAGUGCUGAAAUCACAAACAAGAAGGAACAGAAACUCACCAAUCAGUUUAACUUCAGUGAUAGAGCCUCCCAGACAUUGAACAACCCCCUAAGGGAAAGAGGAUCGCAGACUGAACCCCCUCCUCGAGCCAAUUUCUUAGCAACAGCCAGUCAGUGGGACAUUUAUGAUGCCUAUGUGGAGGAGCUGCAGAAGCAAGAGAAGAACAAGGAAAAGCAGAAGGCAGCCCCAACUAAAAAGGAGGAGGAAAAAAACAAAAAGAAGCUGAUGGUGACUGAGACACAGAGUGAUGACAUCUCAAAGGUGGGAAAGGUGGCCAAAAUCAUUGAACGAAUGGUGAACCAGAAUACAUUUGAUGACAUUGCACAGGAUUUCAAAUAUUUUGAAGAUGCAUCUGAUGAGUUCAGGGAACAGGAGGGCACUCUGCUCCCACUGUGGAAAUUCCAGUAUGACAAGGCAAAAAGAUUAGCUGUGACUGCCCUCUGCUGGAAUCAGACUUACAAAGACUUUUUUGCAGUGGGACAUGGAUCCUAUGACUUCACCAAGCAGGGACGUGGGAUGCUACUGUUCUACACCCUCAAGAACUCAACUUUUCCCGAAUACAUUUUCCCCACUCACAGUGGCGUGAUGUGCCUGGACAUCCAUCAAGGAUGCCCCUACCUGGUAGCAGUAGGCUUCUACGACGGUUGUGUAGCUGUGUACAACCUGAAGGAAGAGGGCGAGCAGCCAACAUAUAGAAGCACAGCAAAGACUGGGAAACACACUGACCCUGUCUGGCAGCAGGCAACCCUUGUGGCAGUGUUUGCCGUGACAGGCGCUCGGUCACUUUCCAUUGCUGCUUCACCUACCCUGCUGUCCUUUUGCCCAUGGGUCCUGCUGUGUAGGAGCCAGUGCAGAUCUUUUACUAGAAGCAUACUGCCAAGCCACACUGCUUGUCUGUAUAUGUCUCUAGCUGUUUGUGUGAGUGGAAAAUUCUGUCAACAGACUGAUUGCCCCCAGGUAAAGUGGCAGAAAGAUGAUAUGGACAACAAUCAUAACUUCUUUUCAGUGUCCUCUGAUGGUCGAGUUGUGUCUUGGACUCUUGUGAAGAAUGAACUGGUUUACACAGAUAUCAUCAAACUGUCUGGGGAAGGCGCAGUGAUGGACGGGCCUGAGGGACUGCAGCUGCAAACCAUGGCAUGUGGAACAUCCUUUGACUUCCACAAACAAAUUGACUACCUCUUCUUGGUAGGAACAGAGGAAGGAAAAAUACACAAGUGUUCCAAAGCCUAUUCCAGCCAGUUCUUGGAGACCUAUGAUGCCCAUAACAUGGCUGUGGAUGCAGUACGUUGGAACCAUUUCCACCCUAAAGUCUUCAUUUCUUGCAGCUCUGACUGGACUGUAAAGAUCUGGGACCACACCAUUAACACCCCAAUGUUCACUUUUGACCUGAAUUCAGCAGUUGGAGAUGUGGCCUGGUCACCAUAUUCAUCCACUGUAUUUGCUGCUGUAACUACAGAUGGCAAGGUGCAUGUGUUCGACCUGAGCAUUAAUAAAUAUGAGGCCAUCUGUGAGCAACCUGUUGUGGCCAAGAAGAAGACCAAGCUGACACAUAUUGAGUUUAACCCGGUCCAUCCCAUCAUCAUUGUGGGGGAUGACCGGGGGUACGUCACCAGUCUCAAGCUUUCACCCAACCUGCGGAAAAAACCCAAGGAGAAGAAAGGACAGGAAGCGCCGAAGGGCCCAGAGGUGGAAAUUGCCAAGAUGGAAAAACUCCUGAGUUUGCUGAGGGAGCCUGACAACUCUGGCAAAAACUGAAGAUCAGAGGAAGGCAAAGAGAACACAUGAAUCCCCCAGACACUCCAAAACCCAAGCUGCAUUUUAUAAGAAAAAAUAGUAGAUGCUAAGUAAAGGAUGCACAAAAGAA